CUUUGAAAGAAAGAAAAAAAGAUCUAAUAAUUCCCGAUCUUUGCUGAUUGAGAACAGCGAUGAUGCAGUGGGGACAAAGGUUGAUGCUGGAGAAGAAUCGAAACAUGUGCAAACAAGAAGCAAUAGUUGAGUUGAGGAUUCAUUUACACGCAACGUACGCAAGUACUGUCACUGUUUCAUGAAAUUGCAGAUUAGAUUGAUAUUAGAUUUACAAUGAUUAGUUUGUAUCUGAAGCACCGAGUGUUAACUCUUUUCUACUAUUGCGUUUCUCCGCAACUAUUUCACAUGCUUCGCUGCAAAUGGAACUGCUUCUUUCCAUGGAAAUCAAAUGCCAAUUCCGCAGUCACUCUCCCUCAACGGUUUUCCCUUCCUUCUCCACUACCCCAAUGGCCUCAAGGACAGGGUUUUGCUUCUGGAAUUAUAAACCUGGGUGAAUUGGAAGUGUGCAGUGUUACUAGCUUUGAAUUGGUUUGGAACAGCAAUGUUAUGGUGGAGAUGAGAAAAGCUGUUGCAUUUUAUAAACCUGUUGGAAUACCAGAUGGGUUUCAUGUCCUUAGUCACUAUUGUCAACCUAGCUACAACAAACCCUUAUGGGGUUUUGUGCUUGUUGCUAGGGAAGUAGAAGCUUGCUCAUCUGAAAAAAUUGAAAUAGGCGACCAGAACAAGUUACCAGCUCUGAGGAAACCUCUUGAUUAUACAUUAGUUUGGUGUUCCAAUGCAGGAAGCAAGGAAAUUGUAACUAGUUCUGCAUACUUUUGGCUUCCCCAACCUCCUGAAGGUUACAAGGCCCUUGGCUAUUUGGUUACAAAAAAGCCUGACAAACCGAAUUUAGAUGAAAUGAGUUGUGUUCGCGCUGACCUCACUGAUAAAUGCGAACCUUACCGCCAAAUACUCGAUGUUAGCUCUGAAAUUCCGGAGUUUCCAUUUUCGGUAUGGAGUUUGAGACCUUGUGACCGCGGCAUGAUGGGGAAAGGAGUUUCAGUUGGAACAUUUUUCUGCAGUAGUUGUGUGAACAUGGGAGAACAGCUACCUGUUGUGUGCUUGAAGAACUUAAAUCCUGUGCUACCAGCAAUGCCAUGCCUUCAGCAAAUACAUGCACUUAUAGAGCAUUAUGGCCCUACUGUUUAUUUUCAUCCUGAAGAAGUUUACUUGCCUUCUUCUGUUGAUUGGUUUUUCAGUAACAGAGCCAUGUUGUUCAGAAAAGGUGUGUCUACAGGAGAGGCUAUUGAUGCAGGUGGCUCAAAUUUGCCGAUUGGAGGAACAAAUGAUGGUGAGUUUUGGAUAGAUUUGCCAUGUGAUGAUGAUGAUCAAAGGGAAUUUGUCAAACAUGGGGACUUGAAAGGUGCCAAGCUUUAUGUUCAUGUGAAGCCAGCACUUGGUGGGACAUUCACUGACUUAGCAAUGUGGGUUUUUUGCCCCUUCAAUGGACCUUCCACUCUGAAAUUUGGAAUCACAAGCAUUGCUUUUAGCAAGGUUGGAGAGCAUGUGGGUGACUGGGAGCAUUUUACGCUUCGUAUAUGCAACUUCAGUGGAGAGCUUUGGAGUAUAUAUUUCUCACAGCACAGUGGUGGCAAAUGGGUGGAUUCAUAUGACUUAGAGUAUAUUAAUGGCAAUAAAGCUAUUGUGUACUCAUCAAAAAGUGGACAUGCAAGUUUUCCCCAUCCUGGAACCUAUAUCCAAGGUUCUUCAAAACUUGGGAUUGGCAUUAGGAAUGAUGCUUGUAGUAGUAACUUGUAUGUUGAUUCAAGUAUUCAGUAUGAAAUUGUUGCAGCUGAGUAUCUAGGAGAUGUUGUUAGAGAGCCUCAAUGGUUGCAGUAUAUGAGAGAGUGGGGUCCUAAAAUUGUUUAUGGUUCAAAAACUGAGUUGGAUAAGAUAAUAAAUGCCCUUCCCUUCAGGCUUAGAAUUUCAUUUGUUAACUUGGUUAAAAAGCUCCCAGUGGAGCUGUAUGGUGAGGAAGGUCCUACAGGGCCAAAAGAGAAGAAUAAUUGGAUUGGAGAUGAAAGAUGGUGAAUUUAUAUUGUGGUAAGCAUUGGUUAAAGAGAAAAAAUCUUGGACAAAAGUGUUGUGGUUGUGUAUGUAGCUUUGUAAAUUCAUAUAGAAAGUUAUGAUAUUGAAUAUAAAUACAAUUUUAUUCAGACA